AUGGAUGCUGCCACUGCCGCUGCGGUGGCAGCCUUGGUGGUGUCAGUCUUGGCCAUGACAAUCGCAACUGCACAGGUUCUCCAACAGUACCUCAACACUGGCCUGCUCAUCCGCAUGUGUGAUAGCGUUGUCUAUGGGAAGAUGCCCGGCCGAGGUCGUCGAGUUUGGCAGUACGCGCAAUUUCGUUUCCGUGUCAUUUACUCUGUACCAGAGGUCUACCUCCGCCCAAGUCUAUGGAAGGCAAGCCUUCCACACCAUGACAACUGGGAGCGUGGGUUGCUGCCACUUCCAGAUCUACGCCACACGGCUGAUCCUAACGCUACUCAAACAAACUACCUGCCGGAAAAUACCUCUGGGAAGAGAACCAGGCUUGCGCAUUCUGCUGUUGCUGGAGAAGCCUGCUGGGUAUCUCUGUGUCGCGUGGCGCAACAUGCUUGUACGGAUGACCUCUUCUACGACUUGCAACACUGUGAUGCAGACAGAUGCCCGUCAGAUCUUCCUGUCGUGCCCAUGCAGGUUUCCAUGCGAGAUAUUGUAGUUAUCGCUUUGAUGGCAGGAAUGAAAUGCACCGAUGCCUCGUUCCAAGGAAAGUUCGUCGCCAUGGACGGUGCAGCUGGCACAAUCACUAGUUCGUCGCAUCCGAUGUUGGGGUCCAUCAUGCACUUCAGUCCAAGGAAUGCCCAUCGACCUUUGGGUAUCCAAAUUCGAGCUGGGUCCAUCGAACCUGGAUGGAUGGCGAGAAUGUGGGAUAUUGUCACCAUUGCUGGCCGGAGAUAUGACGCACGGGACAGAAAGAUAUAUGAAUUGUAUGAGGGCCACAGUUGGGUCGCAACAUCCCGUGGUCGUUCCAUGGUCAAGGCACUCCCUUUGAAGCAACCCGCCUCUCGCUCGCCUGUGCGAAGCUUUCGAUUGAGGUCGACUUCCCCUACCAGGAUCCUGCGGCGCCGUGCGACUGCUCACUCGCCAAACCGAGCGCAAUCGGUCAGUGGAACCUCCGCCCUGACUACUUCGUACCACAUCAGAAAUGGAAACGUAAUGAACCAGUCUCAAAGUACAACCAAUUCUCGGGAUUCUCCGAAUCGUGAAAGGUCUCCUGAGCAAGUGGUGCGAGGUCAGUUGAGCACACAGCACGACACUCUUCAUCCAAAUCUUUCCCCGGGGAAUGCCAAUGCAGAUAAUCAUAGCAGAACGAGGCAAAGGAAGUCGAUACUCCCAUGGAAACGGCAUCUCCGUACUCUCCUCUCCAGAAGAUUAAUAGACUCCCGCAUGGGCAAUACUCAGCAAAGUCCAAGUGAACAUGCUACGGACAUUGAAGGCUACGGUGGGGUUGUACAUCCCGCUACUGCAAGAAUAAGCACGCAUGAUGAAUCAGUAAAUGGUGAUUUCCAGGGUGUAAAUGCAGCACCCUUUCGCGCUUCUACGAACGUCAAUGGAAAUUGGUUUCCACCAGCCUCUGGGCAACGGAGAAUGUUGGAUGGCGGGAUUCUGCAGCAGUACAUCAAGGAAAAGCAGCAAGCCGAGCAAACCAUACCGCAAGGCAGAAAUCUAUUCCUGACCUGGAGGCCAUUAUCAGCAGAGGAGGCAUCACCCACAGAAGACGUGCAGCAAGACUGGCAGGCCUCAUUGGUUCACUCAAGGCGUGAGAGAUCUUCAUCUCUGGUCGACAAGUGGCGAGAGGUGCUUAAUAGUCGGCAGCAAAUGAGGCAAGAAAGGGACACCGAGACCGAGUGGGAGAUUGAGAGCUACUACUCCGCUUCACGCCAAUCAAGUAUCGCUGCAAGCGACCGAAGGCGUAGAGUCUCUCCCUCAGACGUACGUUCGUUCUCGCGCGAGAGUCACAACUCAAGACGCAGCAUACAGAGCUCCACAAAGAACUCAAAGCGAAAGCACGGUCGUACCGUGGAUGGAGAAGUGCUGUCACAACAACAAGAUCAUCGCGAAAGCCCUCCUCCCAAGGUCUCCUCUCUGCACCCCGUUUCAAGAGACAACCACAUAAAUUACAGUUACGGUCGUGAGCCUAUCGAAAUCGGCCAGAUCCACGGGAGAAAUGCUUCCGCUGCGUACUCAGUCGAACCUGUUGAUGACCCUCCCCACAAGCCCGACCCAGAAACGACUGCCCAGUCAAAAGUGGAGCCCAGCCGACGGAAGCGAGUACACUACACUGAAAGGGACGAGGCGCCCGCACCUGCCGACGACAGCGGCCGACAAGAAGGUGAGCAAGAUAUUGAUAUGUCUCCACAAUUGGACGCUCUCGGGCCCGUGCCUACUAACCAUAAACCCGUGGGAGGGCCAUUGCCACAAAGUGAUCCUGUUAUCACCGUUGAACCUUUGCAAGAAAUGCCCGAGAAGAGCGAAGAACCAUCGACACGCGGUCCAUCUACUAUCAUCGCAGAAGCCCCCCGAAGCAUUCUGCGACCGCCUCGAGAACGGUUUCCCGAGGACCCGAAACCAGUAAGAGAAGGAGUUGCCCCUCGGGUCAAAGCUGGACUUUCCGAAGGAAUACCAGCUCACGCUCGCUGGACAAAGAUCCGUCGAGGGCUCGUCAAUCCAGAGGCAUUGAGACAAGCAGGCGAGCGUUUUGAAGAAACGGACCACCACGUGGUUGUGUUGAGAGUUCUGUCAAGGCAGGAAAUUGUGGACUUGGCGAGACGCACGCAAGAGAUUCGAGAGGGCCGUGAACGUGAGUGGAUUGAAUCCCUGCAGACACAAGAAGUGAAAAGUACGAAAGCAAGCACAUCCAAUCGUCCAGAUGAUGAACCCGCAAAAAGCAUUCCAGACCAAAUUCUUUCAGCAAAUCCCAGCACAGAGGAUGCGUCAUCAAGCAUUAAUUGGUCCAGUCAGUCUGUCUAUGGCUCUGGCGGAGAGCCGAGGAUAUCCCACUCACCAGAUGGAAUUUCAGAGACAGAGGAGGUUCACCGUGGUCGAAGUACCUCGUUCCAACCCAAGAAAUCCAGCAUAGCCUCAGGUGUCGCCUUACGAACUGACGAUUCUCCGGGUGGGCAGAACAGGUCAAUGUCGCCUCGACAGGCCCUAGCGGCGCAGUGGGAGGAGCGACUGAAGACGAAUGGACUGCCUCCGCGUCGCCGCGCUUCUACUCGUUCUCAAUCAUCUUCUUCAAGAGAGUCUAGUUCUGCAAGCGAUUCCUCGGACAAAUUCAGCAUUGGUGUCACCGGCGAUGUUAGCUUUAAAUCUCACCCGUUCCGGCGGCAUGGGAUUUCCCAACUUGAUGGAUCGGACGUGCAGCAACCAAGUAUGAUAAAAGCGAGGGUAGGAGAUGGUGCAAUCAAAUGGCUGUGGAUCUGUCAAAUCGAUGUUCUUCCGGGAUACUUUGCGAACCCGUGGCAUGACUAUUUUUCACGAGAAACAUGCUUGGGUACAAUUGUGACUAUGCUAGAGGCCCUGGAAUAUUAUACCGACCACUCCACUCUGGCCUACGUCGAUGCUCUGCCAUGGUGUGAACAUUGGCUACGUCGAGGCCAGGCUACGCAUCCAAGCUACGCAAUCAACGCGAUGGGUGGGGUCAUAAUCCCAGGAGGGUAUGAUCUCGUCAAGUUUGAAAGUUACAGCUCGCCAAUGCCGGUCAUCCAGCUACUCGGAUCCUACCACCGACAGAUCGACCCCUCUAGUUACCAGGGUUCGGAUGCUCUGGUGGUUGAGAACCUGGCCGAACUCAUGGCCUUGGAUUCUUGGCUCUCUUUCUGUGGUCGGCAACCCGAAAUCUAUGAUGGUCGAAACAAUCUGGAGUUCAGCAGCCUUGACCGGACAGCGGCAGAGGGAGGACACCAAAUUGUCAAGGAAUUGGCUGGACUCAUAGCCCACACACUCGAGAAGGCGUUGUUAACGGAAGAGGAGCAGUUGUUCACGAUGAUGGCCAUGUUGAGGGCUGCGAAGAUGGCACUCUGCCUGCUGAACGGGCCAACCACUGCCAAACUGCGGGACAUCUUUCUCCGUGAUGUGCAGGUCUACCUGGUAUGA